UUCUUUUCUUUUUAUUAUUUAUUUCGAUUUCAUCGAUCUUUUUGAAAAUGGAAAGAGUUUUUAUAUUUUUAGUUUUGUGUAUAGCUUUUGCUUCUGGACAGACUUUGUCGCAAAGGGCACGUGUCAAAGACCACGACAAAUUUUUUACACAAGUGAUACAAGAAACUGUUUACGAAAUAGAACGAAGAGGAUUUAGUACUCUAAAAUUGACAAAUAUCACCCAAAAUGUCAACACAACGAUGUACAGAUUUCAUGCAUUAGGAACAGUCCGUUACUACAACGGCUUUUUGGUCUCAGUUCAGCAUAUCAGCGUCACGAAUAUGAGGCAAACAGUCGGAACAAACACUGUGGAUGGGGUUCGUGUAUCAACAGCGUCAGUGCAGGGGACUUUGAAUCUUAUUGACUCGAAACUUGGUUACGAUGUGCUUUACACGCCUGUUGAAGGAGAACCACAGCAUUUUACUGGGGACUUCAACCAUUCAACCAUCAGAUGGAUAAUAAAUAUCUUCAAGAACUUGAACACUCGCGAGGUGUCCAUUUCCUUGACGUCGGAAGUAUCGGGGGGUCUUGUUUAUAUGUCGUUCAGGCCUGACACAAACAUAUCUCAAGUUCUAUCGAGACAAUUCUUUCCCUACAAUAACUCUGAUGGUGUUCGAUCAUGGGAGGAGAUUAUAUUACCUAUCAUGUUAGAUGUCAUUGCAAACAAGAUUCCGUUUCCAGAGGUGUGCUACAGCCAUUGUUAAUACAUAUAUUGUUGACGUGAAGGCAUUUAAAAUCGAAAUUGUAUGAACACCAUUAAAUAAAUAUCAG